UGUUUGCGCCAACUCGAAGAAUGUUUGUUCUCAUAACUGUUUUCCGUGUUUAGUUUUCACGACUGAACUGCUUUUUAGGCUUCGUGCAAGUAUAGGCAUGUUUACCUAAAUGUAUCGUCUUCGGCAUUGCCCUCGCAGGACACAAGUUUGUGAAUGAGAUGGCAAGAUUCGGUAUAAGAAUAUGAAAGACAUUCGUGGUGUUAAUGAGAGUCAAUAUUCCAUAGACAUAAACACACCGUUGACUGCAAAUCGAGUCACGGAGAUGUCAUAUGUCAAUGAGAAUGUUUUGAGUUUCAUAGACGCGGCCACGUCAAUCAAAACGACAUCUUAAGACAUCUUAAGAUGUCUAUUCUAUGAUAACAGGAUACAAAGUUCAAAUUAUAUCAUGCCAAGAAAUAUUAAUGAACUGACUCGAAUCGGUUAUUCAACUCUUCGUUAAAUAUAUACGUUGACUGCACGGAUUCAUACGAAGAUAUUUCGAAAAAACGUGUAUCAAAAAUGCAAUUUGGCUGAACGCAUCUACAUUUUCGAAGGAAAAAUAUAUUCGAUACGAAAACAAUUGUUUAAACUUAAUGUAGGGUGACUGUUAGUCUGUUACUAAUAACAGUUUAAUCGACUGAAGUCAAAAAUGCACUCUGCUCUAGUAUUUGUUGAUGUCAGUCAGAAAUUAUUUAGAUUUACGUAACGAUGUACGCUGUUGUAUCGGCUAUGCGUCGUACUUAAAGUGCCCCUUACCACAAAUAAGACUCCAUUUUCAGAUACGCUGAAAGUAAAACAGUUACAAACAUGUUUUGGAGUGUUUGGGGUGUGUCCAUCGGAAUUCGAAAUUAUUUGAUUUCAUAUUGAUUAUCUUGCUUAUUAGGAGGUAUAAGAAUCGCUUUAUGCAUGCAUCACGUGUAAACACUUGGAUUUAAACUUACCGGAUGUACUUCAAAAAGAAAAAGACGAGCAAUCGAAUAAACUUUUGUCGAAUUUUGCCAACCUCUCAUUGCUUUAAGCACUAUAUUGGCUUUCGUGGAAGUUUUCAUGUUAAGAAGAUCGUUAGCUUCAUUUUUCGAAUGAGCGGAAGAAAUAAUUUGAAGAACAACGAAAAAAUUCGUUAAAAAAUUCGUGGUCGCUAAAAUUUUUUUUCUACGGGUUCCAGCUUGAAAAUAAGUUCUUAAUUAUUGCAACUACGAUUACGAGAUGCAUAAUAGAACUGUUACGAAUUUAAUAUUUUAUCAAUAUAGAAUGUUUGGGUAGACAUUCAUGAUUUGACCUGGGGACAAGUAUAUUUUAAUUUAGAGGUUACAAUAGCGUCAUUCACGGAAGCGAACCUUCUUACAAUAGAGGAUAUACAGACACUACACGCAUUCCUAGGUAGAUGUUGAUUUUGUGAUACAGGAAUCUUUAACAUAACUCUACAGCUUGAAGUAUUCUCAGAAUAAAAGAAAUGUUGAAUGUCACUGACACCGCAGAGGUCGAAAGCUGCUAUCGAUCUUACAUUGUUAUCAAACCUAACGUUUCAUAUAUAAUCAACAGUGUUAUUGGUAUCAUAGUAAAUAUUUUCCUUUGCAUAGUCGGUACAUUUCUCAACACACUCGUCGUUUAUGUCUUCUGGAAGACACCAAAGCUUCGAAACAAAGUAUCUUACUUUAUGAUCAUGAUUUUGUCGUCCAUUGAUAUCUUGGUCACUGCAAUCCUUCAUCCGUUGCACAUACUAAUGUCAACGGCAGAGAUAAUCGGAAAAGCUAACUGUGACUUCAAAGUGAUCUACCACAUUGUAGCCGUUGUUCUCUCUGGGGUGUCUAUGACUACAUUCUUCCUUAUGAACGUCGAACGCUAUCUUUCUAUCGUUCACCCCAUUCUUCACUUGAAAUACGUGACCAAGAAUCGGUGUUUCGGGGCUUGUAUGAUGCUUUGCGCCCCAGCAAUUUUUUGCGGUCCAAUUGCCUAUCCUCUACGCCUCAACGUGCAGCUCGUCAUCACAACAAUAGCCGUGAUUAUAAUGAUAGGAACGUGUUAUAUUUACAUCGCUAUAUUCUGCAUAGCGAAGAAGAGGAGACAAAAGUUCCGUCAAAAGACCACGUCUUCCAAUAAAGAACGCAAAGAAUUUGCUGUCGAAGCAUCGAGUCAUUCUGGUGAAACGCAGUCAGACGAAGUAUGCACAACGUUGGAAGAUUCGUGCCGUGAGAAAUCUGAGGCCAAAUCCUUUGAGGGGGCAAUGCAACAUCGGGAGGAAUCAAAUUACCAGGAAGACAAUAAAAAGCCGAAAAAAACCGUGUCUUUUCUUCACGAUUUACAACUUGCCAAGAUUUAUUUGUUGGUGGUGUUCUCCAGUUUCUUUCUCAAUCUGCCGAAUGCAAUUGUCCUGGCAGCAUUUCAUGCUCCUGUAGAAAAAUUAAAUACUUUGGUACAAUUCAAAAUUUGGACGGUGACGUUCGUGUUUAUGAAUUCCACCAUAAAUUCUCUGAUCUUCUUUUGGGGAAAUAAGCGACUUAGUGUGGAAGGAAAGAAAAUUUGUAAGCAAAUUUUUAAAAGAUAGAAAGUGUGACAGUCUAAAUUUUAUACUCUAGUCUCAGUAUACCACACUUUAUAAAGCUUUGUUUGUUAAGCGUGGAUAAUUUGAAUAUACGUCUGCAGUUACUACA